AAAUCAAGAAAACCAAACACGACCGAGCGAGCGGGCGAGCGAGAGAGAGAGAGAGAGAGAGCUCAACCCAUUUGCGGCGUUGCGUCACGUCACUCACUGGCACCGCCAACAACAACGAUAAAACCCCCCCCCAAGAAAACGAUAAAUUUUUCUGGAGAAGAAACGAAACGAAACGAAUUCUGCGUUGUUGGGUCGGCAGAAAUCGAUGGGCGGGCUCGUUGGGAGGAGCCUGGCGGUCCCUCGUGCCUCUCCGGUUUGAUCUUUUUCUCUUCGCCCGAGGUUUUUCGUUCGUGGGUGUUCUUGUUUUUCCCGUCUUGCGACGUAUUGGGUGGCGAUUAAGGUCCUCGUUUCGAUUUUCUUGGGUUCUUGGGAGGUUUGCCUGAUGUGCGAUCUCUGUGACCGAUCUGGGUGAUUGUUUUCGGGCUUCUUUGAGCUGCUGGGCCUGGUGAUUGUUCGAAUGCCGUUGAUGAGGUUGUCGAAUUCUUGUUUCCGCUAGGCGAUUUCGAGUGGUUUUGAGUUUAGGUCUUGGAAAUUUUUGGUGGGGUGCAUUGUGCGGUGAGCCUGAGUUUUGGGAGGUGCCGAGGCCGUGUUGGGAUUGCCAUUUUCGAGCUUUGCUGAGCGCCUUGACCUCAUCGCGAUAUGCAUGGCAAUGGAUCCACCGCUGAUGUGGGCUUGGCUGACAAGCCCUCUGGGGAUGAAAUGGAUGUCGAGAAACAAGGUGGAGCGGUGGUUUUGGCUCGGGAGAGCGGCGGUGCUGCCGCGAUGGAUGGUUUGGCUGCUGGCGUGAAUCAUGCGACGCAAUUGACUAUCGUGGUGUCCAGCGGCGAGUCGUGUGUGCCUCCAGAGCCUGCUGUGAAGGAUUCGAAGGCAGUAGAGUGUGUUGUUGAAGAGCUUCCUUCGGUGGGUUCCCCUAAAAAGGGUUACUUUUCGAGGAGUGGGAGCUCUCAUGAACAAUGCAGAGUCUGUCAAGAGGAGAAGGAAGAAGAUUUGAUAGAUCUUGGAUGCCACUGUCGAGGUGGCAUUGCGAAAGCGCACAGAUCAUGCAUAGAAGUUUGGUUUCGCACCAGGGGUUCAAACAAAUGCGAAAUAUGCCAGCAGGCUGCUGCAAAUGUGCCACCUCCAGAGUCCCAUUCUACUCAGCCAAGUUUCUGGGUCUGGCGGAUUGAUCCUAACUACAGAGGGUCUGGUGUUGCAGAGCAACGUGGGAGGGGCUGUUUCAGUCCACUCUGGGUGGCUUUCUCGAUCCUCAUUGGUGGCCUUUUUUUGGAUGUGUUGAUAUCCGUAACGCUUGGAGUUUCAGCGCUUCCUGUCAACAUUAUCAUUGAUGUGCUGCAGGUGUUAUCGUCGUGCUCGGACUUGGAACCGCUCUGCGGCUUGCCCUUGAAUUCUGCCAUGAGUGGAGCAUGAGGAGGGUGGCGCAAAGGGUGGAGGCGAACGGGAAUAUCGGGUACCACCCUGCAUUGUAGGUCGUACCUGUACAUAGUAGAUGGAACACAAUAGCGGAUCAUAGAUUCUUUUACAUUGUCCAUAAAUCUGUUCCUUCUUUUACUUGACGAGGACCCAUUGCUUCCCAUUGUGGUGGGGCUUCAUGGUGAGUUAUUUCUGCGUGAUCAAGCAGUGACAACGUGAGCUUGUGACGAGGGAUUAUUGGUUAUCUUAUGAUCUUACAGAGUA